AUGGCUGUGCUGCAGCUGGCUGUGGGCGAGGCGCCAAGCCGGGUCCGGCCGGGCGUGACCGAUGCCGUAAAUCCAGUCCGCCAGCCUCCUCGUCACGCUCCCUCCAUCGCCUCUCAUCUCGCACAAGACAGUCUCAAGAUGUCUCUGCAAGACCGAGAUACCAACACCCUUACCUCCCUCCCCAUCCUCUCAUCCACUCCCGACGCGAAACGUCAGCGCGUCGACCCGCUCGGAACGGUCGCGGCGCCAGUCCUUAUCGCGGACACGGCCGAGGCGAGCACCAUCGCUGAGCCUAUCGUCAUCAGUGACAGUGAUGAGCCUACCAAGAAGACGGCGGCCGGGGAGGUGUACUCUACCCCGGAGCUGAGGAGACGCAUCUUCCAGCUUUGUACUAAGCGGUCGCUUGCCAAAAUUCUGCGGACGGAGAAGGCAGUUUCUGCACCUGUCGCGGAGAUUCUAUAUGAGACGGAACGACGCGCUGCAUACUGCGACGCUGUUCGGACUCUGGAUCUCAGUCCUCGGGCCCCCAUGGACGUUUUUGCCCAAAAGCUUGAGCACAAAUCCAAUACGGUGACGCCCCAAGCUCCCCAACGGCGAGCGCUUCAGCCGGAGAAGCUCCUCGAGCGGAUCGACAAUGCCCUCAAAAAGUGCCCAAACCUCACAACCCUCAUGUACGAGCGCCCCAUCAAUCCGCUUGAGGACUCGUACAUCGCCCACCUCAAUGACGGCCACGUCACUAUCGAUAUCGAGACCCCCUUCCAGCUCAGCAUGAACUACCCCCCACCGACCUCUCCUGUCGGUAAAGGCGUCCUUCCGAAUGAACCUACAUUCCCCGGCAUGACGGUGGGGAAGCAUACGAUCGCGAUCCAUGCGCAUGGCUGCCCGGUGGGCGAGGAGGCGAAAGAGGUCUGGCGGAGCUGGUUGUUUGACAAUCCGGAGCUGGACAAGAGGGUUACCAGCAUCAUCACCCCGGAAGACGGCUGGCUGGCCGCCCCGCUCGACACACUCAUCCGGUUCCUCAAUAUGCGCAAGGACGGCGGAUGCGAGCCGAUGGUGGCUCUCGCCCUGCGUGAACGGACGCAUUCGGGCGGGCUCACGCUGGACCAAAUUCGGGAGGUAGUCACUGCUCUCGGUCCCGGCGCUCGGAGGCUCGAACUCGCGGACCGCCUCCUCGAGGGCCUCGGAGACUUUGCGGGGGUUGUCAGUAUCCUCGAUGAGACGACCCCCAAGCUUCAGAGCCUGAAGAUCACCUAUGACCCCUUCAUGUACCCCAAAGGGCCACACCUCAGCUUCGACCGCACGUCCACUCCUCUACCGUCGGCACUAAAGAAGCUCCGCUUCUUCUCGUUCAUGCCCAUCGGCGGGGAAAGCGGUGAUAACGACUCGGACGCGUAUCAUCACGCCGAGGUGGCUCUCUCGGUCUACCGUUUAGGCUGCCGGGAGUGCGUGUUCCAAAAUGGGAACUUCAAACUCAAGUAUCAACAACCCGAGUUCAACAAGGUCAUUAGGGAGCUCAAGUCAAAGCCUUCCUCGCGUAAGGAUCUUACUCAGGCGUGUCGCGCCGCGGACAAGCCGUCAAAUGGGUGGAACCCGGGAUGGAGGGGAAGGGGCGCCUGGUACUAG